AUGUAUGUCAAGCAGAUUAUCAUCCAGGGCUUCAAAAGCUACAAAGAUCAGACGGUUAUCGAGCCGUUCUCCCCAAAACACAAUGUGAUCGUCGGUCGCAAUGGUUCGGGGAAGAGCUCUGUUGCACGUUCCGGUUCUGCUGUCAUGUCCGCCUAUGUCGAAAUCAUCUUCGAUAACUCGGACGAUCGAUUCCCUACCGGAAAGCCCGAACUUGUCCUUCGUCGAACCAUUGGACUCAAGAAGGACGAAUAUACCCUCGACCGAAAGAAUGCGACGAAAUCGGAUGUGAUGAAUCUGCUGGAGUCUGCUGGUUUCUCGCGAUCGAACCCUUACUAUAUCGUGCCGCAAGGUCGAGUUACGGCAUUGACCAACAUGAAGGAUUCGGAACGGUUGAACCUGUUGAAAGAAGUCGCAGGAACUCAGGUGUAUGAAGCGCGUCGAGCGGAAUCGUUGAAGAUUAUGCACGAAACCAACAACAAACGGGAGAAAAUCGACGAGUUACUGGAAUUUAUCAACGAGCGGCUUGCUGAACUAGAAGAGGAGAAGGACGAACUCCGGAAUUUCCAGGACAAGGAUAAAGAGCGACGAUGCCUGGAAUACACCAUCUACUCUCGAGAGCAGCAAGAGAUUGCCAGUUUUCUCGAUAACCUUGAAGAACAGCGGCAAACAGGCGUUGAAGAUACAGAUAUCAACCGGGAUCGCUUCAUCGAAGGAGAGAAAGAAAUGGCCCUGGUUGACGUGGAAAUCACCGAGUGCAAGCAGCAGAUUGAAUUUCUCAAGGUCGACAAGGUGCAACUGGAAGAAGAGAGGCGUGAAGCUUCCAAGGCUCUCGCCCAGGUGGAGUUACAUGCCAAGUCACUCACGGAUAAUCAGGCGGCAGCGCAGGCCCUGAAAAGCCGCCAUGAUGCAGAUCUGAAGACCGUUCAGAAAGCGAUCAAGGAGCGCCAGGCAGAACUAGAGGAACUCAUUCCCCGCUUCAAUACGGCAAAAGAUCAAGAAGAUGAUGCCAAGACCAAGCUCACAGAAUCAGAGACCGCCCGACAGAGACUAUACGCCAAGCAAGGCCGGAAUUCACGAUUCAAAAACAAGUCGGAGCGGGACAAGUGGCUGCAUGCGGAGAUCAAGAAUAAUCACACUUCUAUUUCAAGUGUGCAGGCCGUCUUAUCGCAGACCCAGGAGGAUAUCAAAGAGCUAGAGAAUGAAAUUGCUCUCCUAGAGCCGGAAACCGAACGUCUACGUCAGCAGAUUGACGGACGGGGUGAUACCAUGCAAUCGGUGGACCAGCAGGUUCAGUCUGCUAAGGAUGAGAGGGACCGGCUCAUGGAUCAGCGAAAGGAACUUUGGAGAGAAGAGGCAAAGCUGGAUUCGAUUUUGUCGAGCGCAUCUAACGAGGUCGAGCGUGCGGAGCGCAACCUGUCCCAGAUGAUGGACCACAAUACCAGCCGGGGCAUCGCUGCGGUGCGGAGGAUCAAGCGUCAACACAAUCUGGACGGCGUUUACGGAACGCUUGCGGAACUCUUCGAAGUAAACGAUAGGUACCGUACUGCUGUCGAGGUUACCGCCGGUCAAAGCUUGUUCCACUACGUUGUUGACACCGAUGAUACUGCCACGAAAGUCCUGGAAAUUCUCCAACACGAAAAGGCGGGACGUGUCACGUUUAUGCCUUUGAACCGCCUCAGAAACAAGCCACUCAACAUGCCCAAAGCCAGUGACACAAUCCCAAUGAUUGAAAAGUUGCAGUAUGACCGUACAUAUGAGAAGGCCUUCCAACAUGUCUUUGGUAAGACAAUCAUUUGCCCUAACCUUCAAGUUGCCUCUCAGUACGCACGAAGCCAUGGUGUCAACGCGAUUACGCCCGAGGGAGAUAGGUCCGACAAGAGGGGUGCUCUUACUGGUGGUUUCCAUGAUUCACGACAAUCUCGCCUGGAUGGGGUGAAGAACCUGACAAAGUGGAGGGACGAGUACGAGACCAAGAAGAACCGUGGGUCUGAGAUCCGCAAGGAACUCGAGAAAUUAGAUCAGCUCAUUACCCGGUCGGUUGGUGAGCUGCAAAAGCUCGAGCAGCAGCGGCACCAGGUUCAGAAUAGCAGUGGGCCUCUCCGGCAAGAACUGCGGAGCAAGCGGGACCUUUUGCAGAAGCAGAACGACAACCUUGAGGCCAAGCGACGUGCCCUUCGCAACAUCGAAGGAAACUUGGCUGCUCUCAAAGACCAAGUCGACGCCUUCGAGGCGGAACUUGCAUCACCGUUUCAAAAGGCCCUCAGCGAUGAAGAAGAAUCACGCCUGGAAGCUCUAAACACAACAGUCCAGGAGCAACGUCGGCAGUACCAGGAACUUUCCAGCGAGCGCAGCGAGCUAGAGGCACGAAAAUCAGUCCUAGAAGCUGAGCUGCGGGAGAACUUGAACCCUCGCCUCGAUCAACUCGUCAGCCAGGAUGCAGACCUCGCGGACAAUGACGGUCAAGGAAACCUGAAAGAAACGCAGCGAGAGCAAAAGCGUCUCACAAAGGCUUUAGAUAAGGUUGGCCAGAAACUUGCGCAGGUCGACGAGUCUAUCGAGCAGGCAAAUGCGCGCGUUGCAGAGCUUAGCCAACAGAACGCUGAGUCUCGCCGAGUACUCGAGGAACUGGCAAAAUCGAUCGAAAAGCACCAGCGCCGCAUGGAGAAGAGCAUGCAAAAGAAGGCGGCUUUGACGAAGCAGGCUGCUGAAUGUGCGGCCAACAUCCGUGACCUUGGUGUCCUGCCUGACGAGGCAUUCACAAAAUACAAGAACACAGACUCCAACACUGUUGUCAAGAAACUACACAAAGCCAACGAAGCGCUGAAGAAAUACUCACAUGUCAACAAAAAGGCCUUUGAGCAGUACAACAGCUUCACGAAGCAGCGGGAAACGUUGACUGACCGAAGACAAGAGCUUGAUGCCUCUCAAAAGUCUAUUGAUGACCUGAUCCAAGUGCUGGAUCAACGCAAGGACGAAGCAAUUGAGAGAACAUUCAAGCAGGUGUCUCGCGAGUUUGCCAACAUUUUCGAGAAGCUUGUCCCUGCCGGCCGCGGCCGUUUGAUCAUCCAGCGCAAAACCGACCGUUCUCAGCGAAAGGACGACGACCUUGACUCCGACGACGAAGCAGCGAAGCAGAGUGUAGAAAACUACGUCGGAGUUGGUAUCAGUGUCAGUUUCAACAGCAAACAUGACGACCAGCAGCGCAUCCAGCAGCUGUCUGGAGGACAGAAGAGUCUUUGCGCGCUUGCCUUGGUGUUUGCUAUCCAAGCGUGUGACCCAGCGCCUUUCUAUCUGUUUGAUGAGAUCGAUGCCAACUUGGACGCCCAGUACCGAACCGCCGUCGCUCAGAUGUUGAAAUCCAUCUCUGACUCGACUAACGGCCAGUUCAUUUGCACUACUUUCCGACCAGAGAUGCUGCAUGUGGCCGAGAAGUGCUACGGUGUGAGCUUCCGGCAGAAGGCUAGUACGAUCGACGUCGUGUCGAGAGAAGAGGCGCUGAAGUUUGUCGAGGAGCAGAAGACAUAG